AUGGAAAAACCCCGUAAGCGGGCCAUUUUGGCAUGCAAUUCGUGUCGUCGGAGAAAACGACGAUGCGACGGAAACAUCCCGCUUUGUGGUCUCUGCGAUGAAGCGGGGGUAGAAUGUGUUUACAGCGGAGCUAUUCAUGGAAGGAGGCAGGUGGCAUCCAGUUCAUCUCAGUUCUUGCGGCGCCUCGAUGCGAUUGAGGGCCUGUUAUAUAAGAACCUCACACCAUCGGAUUUCCAAAAAGCUCCAGCUCCGAUUUCGCACCCACCGCAGGUCACCUCACCAGCACUGACCGGAACUGAUCAUCCGCAUGGGGAUCAACUCGAUGCCAUACCCGAUGGAUUAGCCACGGGCAAUACACCAUCCAUUUUGAACUCAGGAUCUAGCUGUCAGGAUGUCUUCACCACAGAUCUAUCCAGCUUGGAUAUUCCCCCUAUGAAUAUCCCAUUCGGCCACACGACAACCACCGAAGAUCUUCUGCGCAUGGACAUAGUACAGGAUCUGAUCGGGGAAUUUCCUCCCGAUCUCUUUAUCUCCACCGAGGCAAGCCGGGAGGUUCCUCCGGAGCUCUCUUUCAGUCCCCGGGAAUUUGCGCGCGACCACCUUCCUACAAUCGAGGAGCCUGAAACGGACUUGUUAGUGAAAGCGUUCUUCAACUUAGUCCAUCCCGAAAUACCAAUGAUCGAUGAAUGUGACUUUCGCAAGCUCUACCGGUCAGUGCUUGAACAUGGGCUACAGGAUAAUUGUGACUCCGCCUUGUGCUUGAUUGUCUUUGCCCUUGGAUCGGCUGUUACCGAACAUUGUGAUGCGGCGAUGCCUGAUCCUGUUUUCAUGGUACCAGGGUCCAGGUUCCUGUCGCCUGCACUGCAAAUAGUGAUUCGAGAAUCAUUAGUGUCGUUUAAUUUGGGUCUCGCGCUCCCGCAGGCACUGAUUUUGGCGUCGAAAUAUUUCGGCUACCUAUUGCGUCCUCUUCAAUCAUGGAAGAUGAUUCAUCUGGCAUCUACCAGCAUUCAAUACAUAUACGAAAGGUCUCGAGGAAACCCUCACUCGAAGACUUUCCCAUCCAUUUUGCUAACUGCAUGGGCGGCUUUUGAUGUCGAAAGCGACCUCAUCGCCGAACAUCACCUUCCAAGCAGCGGAAUCGAAAAUAUGGUUGAUACGAUGCCUUUGCCGUCCAUGGGCGAUUAUAACUCCCCGGGGACUCAUUAUUGGCUGGCAGAGCUUUCAGCGCGACGACUUCUGAACCGAGUUCACUACACCAUGUAUCGAAAUGAGCCCAGUAACAUUCCCAAUAGCGAUGCUUCUCUGGGUCGAACGUGGAAAGUCUCCGACGAACUCAACCGACAGCUCGAUGACUGGUUUCAACUUCUACCAGCCACCAUCAAGCCCGAUCUGCAAACUUCUGUGGAAUCUUCUCCGGUGGAACUGAACAUUCUGCACCGCUUUCACUCCACCAAAGAUGUUAUCCUCAGGCCCUUCCUGAUCUACACCUGCAAGAUAUCGUCCGGGGCGGAAGUUCCACUCGAUCUCAUCUCCAGGAGCUCGCAGUGUCUCGAUAAUUGUCGAGCUUACCUUGAAGUGUCGAUGCAACGGCUUUCGACUCCAUCAUCCUGCAGGGAGAUCAUCCUUCACUCGACAUUUGCUGCUAUUAUUGUCUUGACACUGGGGUCAUUAUGUCCGUCGCUUGCGCAUUUCGUUGACGACAUUGAAACUCUACAGAGCAAAGCUCUCAACACCAUGGGACGUUUUGCCUUUGAUGGUUCCUCCAUCCAAGACCUGCACGCAAUUACUGUCCUUCUGCGUCACAGAACGCGAGUGCUGCGACGAGGGAAUGUUAAUGGGCCAAGCUUGCUAGGAUGA